GGCAGUGAAUAAUUAUAUCUGUGAUAAGAUCGACGUCUUUUGCUUUGUGGAUAGAAAUUUUGAUUUUUAACAUAAGGAUGGUGAGAUUCUGCGGCCUCAAUAUUUCCGAGAGAGCGGGAUGCGGCGCCGUCGGCAUUUCAAACUUGGUACUUAACCUGACUAACUUCAUCGGAUUUUUGGUCAUGACAAUAAAGGGUUAUGAUCACGUGACCUGGGCGGUUGCCAUAUCAACUGGAAUCGGAUUUCUAAUCAACUUCUCCCUCUGUUGGGGACUGAUGAAGAGGAAUCCGCACCAGCUCAUCGCCUGGACGACCCUGACCGCGAUGACCUCCCUCCUCAACUCAGUCCUCGGAGUCGUCGUCAUCUACAAGAAGGUCAGCGUCGCCUGGGGCAGCGUGGUCAUCGCCGCGUCGGUCGUCAACUUCGUGGCCGUGUCCUUUGUGCAGUCCGUGGUGUACGAGAUGAUGCGAGCUUCCGACUAAAGGGUUAACCCAUCAGCAAACUAUCAACCGGAAGUUAAUUUGAUGAUUCACUGGUAAUCAUCGCAUUA